AUGGAGUGGUUAACGAGCGCCGAGGGCCUGAAUGCCCGUCAGGAGCUGGAGGCGUCCGUUUGUGAGCACCACCCAAACUUGCGUGAUGAGGAGGUCGACCUCAUUGUGGAUGGUCGUCUACUACGCAUGGUUCGGGAGCGCGCGGCGGAGCAAGCACUUGCGAGCGGCCAGCAAGGAGGAACAGGUGAAGGAGGAGCUGCGCACGAGGCUCCUGGUGCUGUGGGCAUUGAUGGAGGAGCUGUUGUACCGACCAUUGAUACGGGAAUGAUCGGCACGAGCUAUGGCCAAUUCAAGUUUGGAGUUGAGCACAUCUCCGUGACGCCGCUGCUGGAGGGAAGGCACAACCUUACUGCGUGGGUCAGCGCCGUCCGACCUCAGCUCCACUACAAGCAGAUCACCAGUGAUGCAUCUGCUUUCUCGGGCGCUGUCAACACGAUCGUGGCUAUACCGGGGGUCAACGGGAAGGAAGGGAAAGGAGGAAGGGAGCAGAUGGACAAGAAGAAGGGUGGCAAGUGGGAGAAGAAGCGAGCCCCCUUCAAGGGGCGCUGCUACAACUGCAAUGAGGAGGGGCGCAUGGCUGCCAAGUGCCCCAACAAGAAGAAGGAUACAACACCCGCGGCAGCCGCGAACGUAGCCGAAGGAGACGGGAAGGGCGUGGCGCUCACCGUCGCGUGUUCGGCUGCAAAGUUGCUGGCCGACGACAAGGACUUGUGGUUCCUUGACUCGGGAUGCUCCCAACACAUGACCGGCCGCAAGGAGUGGUUCACGGUGAUCCGUGACCCAUCUGCAACGAAAUCCGUCAAAGGGUUUGAUGGGUCUAUGCAGGAAGUUGCCGGUGUUGGCGAGGUUUUGCUGAAGGGCACUAACGGCUUGCGUGUGACCCUGCAUGAUGUCCUCUUUGUGCCAGGAAUGAAGGCCAACUUGGUCUCUCCUGGGCAGCUCACGGACAAAGGAGCAAAUCUGCAAACCGAAGAAGGUGUCACCCGCGUCAUCGCAUCGGGAGGACAAGUGGCUGCAACGGCACGCUACCGCCAUCGUCUUCUCUGUCUUGACCUGAAACCGUGGCCAGCAAGCAACGGCACGACAGCUGGAGCGGCAUGCAACGGCACGGUGGCUGCAGCGGCUCGCAACGACGCGACGGCUGGAGCGGCAUGCAACGGCACGGUGGCUGCAGUGACAUGCAAUGGCAUGACUAAGACGGUUGCUGACGGAGCGGCCAGCCUUAAGACGUAUGCGGUGGGCUCCAAGGCAACGCCCAACCUGUGGCACGCUUGCCUUGGACACGUCCACUUCGAUGCGGUGAAGCGGACAGCCACAAACGGUGGCGUGCUAGGCAUGGACCUAGAGAAAGGAGGGGAGGACACGUCGAGCGCCUCCUCCCAAGAAGCCAAACUCACUCGUCAAACACUUCCGCUGCCUGACGAGCGAGAGGGGGAGGUUCUUGGGAUGGUCCGUGGCCCUGAGCAGAAUCAGCCGCCGUCACGUACAGUCAUCAUGGUCCCGGUGUCGUCCGUGCAAGGGGGCGAACAACCGUUUGAUCGUUCGGUUGACCCUGCGGGCAGCAAGGCAACCAUGGCUCCGCCACCUCCAUGUCCAUCCUUAUCUGCUGGCUUGGCACCCGUGGGAUCAGAGGUUGGUCCCUCUGUGGAUGAACGUCCAGCAAGGGGGUGCCACCCGUACAGUUUCCCGCAUCAGCCAUGA